GAACAAAAGAUUACACGAACCCCAUUCGAUUGAUACCUUUUCCGGGAAAAGUUAUUCCAUUCUCUGUCCGAGAAAAUCUCACGCGAUCUUUCCCUGUUAGCGCUAUCGAGCAUGAGCAGCUCAGUAUUAUAAUAGCAGAAGCUGGGUCCGUCCUCUUCAUAUUCAUCGACAGAUCAGACGCGAGAGAAGAGCCAAUGGCCAAGGAAACCAGCGUCGUCUCCGACUUCGUCGCCUUUCUGAACGCUUCCCCCACUGCCUUUCAUGCUGUUGAUGAGUCGAAGAGGCUGCUGCGCGACGCGGGUUAUGAACAGGUUUCUGAGAGAGAGGAGUGGAACUUGGAAGCAGGAAACAAGUACUUCUUCACCAGAAAUCACUCUACCAUUGUGGCUUUCGCCAUUGGUAAAAAAUAUGUUGCUGGAAACGGGUUCCAUAUAGUCGGCGCUCACACAGACAGUCCUUGUUUGAAAUUAAAGCCUGUCACCAAGGUGAGCAAAGGUGGAUGUCUGCAAGUAGGCGUCCAAACUUACGGAGGUGGGCUGUGGCAUACUUGGUUUGAUCGGGACUUGACCAUUGCGGGACGGGUCAUGAUACGAAAAGAGAAGGAUGGUUCUGCUUCCUAUUCACAUCGACUUGUCAGAUUAGAGGAGCCAAUUAUGCGGAUUCCGACCUUGGCAAUCCACUUGGACAGAAGUGCAAACGACGGAUUUAAAGUGAACACGCAGACUCAUCUUCUUCCGGUGUUGGCAACAUCUAUUAUGGCUGAGAUGAACAAACCAGCUGCUGAAAAUGGUCCUGAAGAUGUAAGCAUCGUUAAUAAAUCAAAGCAUCACUCACUUCUACUUCAGAUGCUGGCAAACCAAAUUGGUUGUGAACCCGAUGAAAUUUGCGAUUUUGAAUUACAAGCAUGUGACACUCAACCUGGUGUGGUAGCUGGUGCUCUGAAGGAGUUUGUUUAUUCAGGAAGACUUGACAAUCUGUGCAUGUCAUUUUGCUCUCUAAAGGCGCUGAUAGAUGCCACUUUUUCUGAAAGCAGCCUAGACGAUGAGACUGGUGUUAGAAUGGUAGCAUUGUUUGAUCACGAAGAGGUUGGAUCUAAUUCAGCCCAGGGAGCUGGAUCUCCUGCCAUGUUUGACGCUUUGUCACGAAUCACAAGCUGCUUUGGCUCGGACUCCAAGCAGCUGAUUCAGAAGGCGAUACAGAGGAGUUUUCUUGUAUCUGCAGACAUGGCUCAUGCUCUUCAUCCAAACUAUAUGGACAAACAUGAAGAAAAUCAUCAGCCUAAGAUGCAUGGAGGGCUUGUUAUUAAGCACAAUGCCAAUCAGCGCUAUGCAACCAAUGCUGUGACAUCUUUUGUUUUCCGGGAGAUAGCACAGAAGCACAACCUUCCUAUCCAGGAUUUUGUAGUGCGCAACGACAUGCCUUGCGGGUCAACCAUUGGACCCAUUUUAGCAAGCGGGGUGGGGAUUCGCACCGUUGAUGUCGGUGCUCCACAGUUAUCAAUGCACAGCAUCAGAGAGAUGUGUGCGGCUGAUGAUGUCAAGCAUUCAUAUGAGCAUUUCAAGGUCUAUUUCCAGGAGUUCUCUUAUCUGGACGCUAAGAUUGCUGUCGACAUGUAAUUAUCUGGGUCAGUGCUUUGGAGUUCCCUGUUCUCAACUCCAACUGAUAAUGGGAAUAACAGAUGUCUUGUCUUCUCUGGGACCAUUUGAGAAUCAUAAACGCGCUUCGGACAUUGUGAAAAGAUCAUGGUAUCUUGUGACCAUCGUCUUAAUAAGGUGACCGGAGCUGGGAGGUUGUCAAUCUUACUGUAUACAUAGAAUGACUAGUGCUCGCGUUGUCGGAACCAUCAGCUGAUAUUUUCUCUUCCGAUUGUCCAACUUAUACACAGUUUUGCUCGAUUUCUCUCCA